AUGAGAGGACUUAACAAGUCCAACAAAUAUAAAGAGUUUAAAGUCUUUUUAGGUAAAAAUAAGCUUGAUUUAGUUGGUUGUUUUGAAACUAGAGUCAAGCAGAAUAAAAGUUCAAAAAUCCAAAAGUUGUUGGGUGUGGAUUGGCAAUUCCUUGACAAUUAUAAUCAUGCACCGAAUGGCAGAAUUUGGAUAGGGUGGAAGCCUUCUAAUGUUGAUGUUAUAGAAAUGUUUAGCUCCUUCCAAGUGAUUCACUCUAUAGUGAAAGAUAAGUUGUCCUCAUUCUCUAGCUAUGUUACAUUCGUGUAUAGGCUGCACUCAUUAGAGGCUAGAAGACCAUUGUGGGCUGAUCUAAGGCAGAUUUACUCCAAGGUCAUAGGCCCUUGGAUCAUACUAGGGGAUUUUAACAGUGUACUACAUGCAGAUAACAGAGUGAAUGGUGCCCCAGUGCAUCACUCAAAGACUGCAGAUUUCCAACAAUGCCUAGAUGAUAUUGGGGUUGGCCAACUUACCAAGAGAGGCAGCCAAUACUCCUGGUGCAACAAAAGAGGGGCAGCUGAGAGGAUAUAUAGCAUGAUUGACUGGGUAUUCGGCAACGCUGACUGGUUCAAGGACUAUACAAAUGUGGAAACUCUAUAUAUGCUUCCUGGAUGCUUGGAUCAUACUCUACAAGUACAGGACAUAUGGAAGCAAGAGGUGAAAGGGUAUGCUAUGUACUCUAUUUGCAGAAAACAGAAAAAACUAGAGCUGGCCACCAGAGGAAUACACAAAGAAUUAUCAUCAGCCAAGAUUAAAUUAGGGAAGUUAAGGGCAGACCUGACUACCAUACAAGAUGCACUAAAUGAAGAUCAUUUCAACCCUGAACUGAUACAGGCAGAAAAAAAUAUGUUACUUGGUGAAGCAGCCCCUACUAUGCCUGGACUCAACAUAAACAUUGUAAGAGAUGGGCCUUGCUUGUCGUUAUCACAACAACAACAGAUGUUGCAACCAGUGACCAAAGAGGAAAUUACACAAGUAGUAAAGGCACUCCCCCUUGACAAGUCACCAGGAAUGGAUGGGUAUCCGGCUGAAUUCUACAAACAAUUCUGGUCUAUAGUAGGGGAGGAAGUCACUUUAGCAGUGAUGCAAUUUUUUCAAACGGGAAAGCUGCUGAAAGGAGUAAACUGCACAACUAUUACUUUAAUUCCCAAGGUCCCAAACCCAACGUAUGUCAAGCAAUUCAGGCCAAUAGCCUGUUGUUCCACAUUACAUAAAAUCAUUGCUAAAAUCCUCACGGUAAGAUUGAAAACAGCUGUAGACUUUCUAGUGGGACCAUCUCAAUCCGCCUUCAUUGAGGGAAGAAACAUACUGGAUAAUGUUAUACUUGCACAUGAGCUUCUCAAAGGGUACACGCAGAAAUCAGUCUCACCCCGAUGUAUGAUUAAGAUCGACAUUAGAAUGGAAUAA